CAGAGCACGAGUGGAUUGAAUGAACUUUACACACAGUCCGUUGCAGGCCCUUUUCCCGGGAGCAUCUCGCCCAGCCGAGGAGAAAGUAUUCGAGCACCGUGCCCGGAUUUUGUUCGAUUUUCUUUUCUUCUCCCAACCCUGACUGAGUUCGGGUUUCGGGUCGGGCUUUCCACAGCAGUUGGAUAAGUGCCUCUCGCAGGGAUCGCAGGGAGAGCGCCAGGGCCCAGAUCACGCCUCCCCAAAGCGGAAGCACAAAUGAAGUCGCUCGAGUUCCGCAUCCGCAAGUUGCACGUCAACACUGACGCGGACAAGCGGCUGCAGAAGAAGCAGCCAUCGCGCGUCUAUGUUAACGAGGAGGCCCUCAUCGAGCUGACGGGCACGAGGGAUGGCGGCCGCGCCGUCUGCAUCGAACGGGUCUCGCCCGACGAGCGCCCCGUCCGCCGCGAGGCCACGCUCUGGAAGGCGCCCGAGAAGCUGGACAAGUCGGUCACGCAGAUGUACGACGCCUUCCGGGAUGCCUGCAGCUACAAGCUGGGCGAGCAGGUCCGAAUCACCUCGCUGGGCGGCCCCCUGCCCGACGCCGACGAGGUCAUCAUCGAGCAGGCCCCUGGCCCCGAUGGGUCCGCCCCCGAUCCCCUGGCCCCCGAGGACAUCCCCGGUUGGGAGUUUGUGCUGGCCGGCCGCCUGUCCCAGAUGGAGCACGUGUAUGCCGGUCUGGUGUUCAAGAACCUCUUCGCCAGGGGGCCCGAGCGAUCCUUUGUCGUGGCAACCGUGAACGGGAGAAAAACGGGCAACGCCCGCUACCUGGACCACAAGACCACCGUCAGGCUCGCCACUACCGCGCCCUCCUACAACAGCCAGCCGGACGCCCUCCCGGCGCGGAGGCUCGAGGUGACGGGCAUCCGGGGGCUGGACGCGCAGGUCCGCCAGCUCAACCAGAUCCUCAGCUGCUUCGACGCCCGCACGCCCUUCCGGAAGAAGCCAGCCUACCGCGGCAUCGUCAUCCACGGCGGCCACGGCACCGGCAAGACGAUGCUGCUCAACAGCAUCGCGAGCACCGGCUGGGGCACCGUCUUCCGCAUCCAGUACAAGGACAAGCUCUCCGAGAUCCAGGAGGUCUUCCAGAGGGCAAGGCUGCAACAGCCGAGCAUCGUCCUCAUCGACCAGCUCGAGCGCCUCAUCGAUAAGGACCGCAGCAACCGCGCCGCCGUCAUCCUCGCCCUGUGCGAGGCCCUCGACACCCUGGCCGCAGACGCCGCCGCCAAGGGGGAGCUGCCCAAGGUGGUCGUCGUGGCCACCUGUCUCGACUACACCACCGACGUGCCCGAGGACCUGAAGGAACCCCGCCGCCUGACCAGCGAGAUAUACCUCUCGCUGCCCGACGUCGACGGCCGGAGGGAGAUCCUCGCCUCCCUCGGCCUCGACGUCGCCCCCGACCAGGAGGAGGACCUCCUCCGCCAUCUCAGCGAGCGGACCCACGCCUACAACGGCAAGGACCUCUGCCGCCUCGUUGACGAGGCCGACCUGAUUGCGAGGAUCCGUCACGCAUCCGAGACCAAACCACCAUUACCCGAGACCGCCACCAACCACUCUGCGACUUCCCCUCUCUCGGAGGGGGACGCGAAUCCAGACGCCGAAACCGCACCUUCGCCAGCACCUUCGCCAGCACCAACGCCAGCGCCAGCGCCAGCGCCAGUCUACCACCUCCCCUCCGAUUACCACGAAGCGCUCCGCCUCGUCCGGCCGUCGGCAAUGCACGACAUCAACCUCAAGCCGCCGCCCAUCCGGUGGGACGACAUCGGCGGGCAAGAGACGGUCAAGGUCUCGCUGCGGCGCGCCGUGCGCCUCUCGCUCGAGCCGCCCGAGACGCUGGCCCGCUACUUCGACCGGCCCCCCAAGGGCUUCCUCCUCUACGGGCCGCCCGGCUGCUCCAAAACCAUGGCGGCCCAGGCCAUGGCCACCGAGUCGGGCCUCAACUUCUUCGCCGUCAAGGGCGCCGAGCUGCUCAACAUGUACGUGGGCGAGUCGGAGCGCGCCGUCCGCCGCCUGUUCCAGCGCGCUCGCGAGGUCAGCCCCAGCAUGAUCUUCUUUGACGAGAUCGACAGCAUCGCGAGCCAGCGCAGCGGCUUCGGCCACUCCUCCUCCCCCUCCUCCCCUUCCUCUUCUUCUGGCCGGGCCGGCGGCGGCAGCCACGGCGGCGUCAACGUGCUCACGACGCUGCUCAACGAGAUGGACGGCUUCGAAGCGCUGCACGGCGUCGUCGUGCUGGCCGCCACCAACCGGCCCCAGGCGCUGGACCCGGCCCUGCUCCGCCCGGGCCGCUUCGACGAGCUCAUCUACGUCAGCCCCCCCGACCGCGCCGCCCGCCGCGCCAUCUUCGCAAAGGUCGCCGCCCGCCGCCUGAUGCACCCGGACGUCGACGUCGACCGCCUCGCCCUCGAGACCGAGGGCUACUCGGGCGCCGAGAUCAAGGGCAUCUGCGCCGCCGCCGGCGUCGCCGCCUACGACCGCGCCGCAGAGGGCGGCGAGCCCGCCAUCAUGAUGGCGGACCUCGAGCGCGCCAUCCGCAAUCAAAAGAGGCAGAUCACCCCCGACAUGCUGCGCGGGUUCGAGGAGUGGGAGAAGCAGUUUAGAAAGUUUUGAUGAUGAGCAGCCUAAACAAAACAAAGCAAGAGCUCUGAAGGGAGA